AGGCGCAUAGAGUGCUCCAAUAUGGCCGCCUCCGUGGAUCUGGAGUUGAAGAAGGCCUUCACAGAACUUCAAGCCAAAGUCAUUGAUACUCAACAGAAGGUGAAGCUUGCAGACAUACAGAUUGAACAGCUGAACAGAACGAAAAAGCACGCACACCUCACGGACACAGAGAUCAUGACGCUGGUAGAUGAGACUAACAUGUAUGAAGGCGUAGGGAGAAUGUUUAUUCUACAGUCCAAGGAAGUAAUUCAUAACCAGCUGUUAGAAAAACAGAAAAUAGCAGAAGAAAAAAUUAAAGAGCUAGAGCAGAAAAAGUCCUACCUGGAGCGGAGCGUUAAGGAAGCUGAGGACAACAUCCGCGAGAUGCUGAUGGCUCGGAGGGCACAGUAGGAGCUGCUGGGAAACUUCUUCCCUUCUGAUCCCUCCCACGCUGUCAAGGCAGGGGCUGUGCAGGGUGCUGCCCUCCCUCUGCCCAGCAGCCCCCUCUCUCCAUCACCGAACCCCUCAGGUUCCAACCGAAUGUCUGCCAACCCCUCCCCAUGACACUCUUCUUUCCUGGGGCA